UAUUUUAAUUUGAACUUUUUACGAGGUUUUGAUUAUUUAUACCUUCAAAACUUCUCAUAAGAAAGACAAAGUUGUUUUGUUUUCUACCACAAACAAAAGAUAGCACAAGAGUGUUAGUGUUAGGGUAGCAAUGGUGAUGAAAAAAGACAUAGAUGAACUGCCAAAGAACACAGCAAACUACACAGCCUUAACACCGUUAUGGUUUUUAGAAAGAGCAGCUAAGGUUCAUCCUAACAGAAAAUCACUCAUUCAUGGAUCAUGUCACUACACUUGGCAUCAAACUUACCAACGUUGUUGUCGAUUUGCUUCAGCUCUUUCCAACUACUCCAUUGGUCUUGGAAACACUGUAGCUGUUAUUGCACCUAAUGUUCCAGCUCUUUAUGAAGCUCAUUUUGGGGUUCCAAUGGCAGGGUCUGUGUUGAACACAGUGAAUAUUAGGCUAAAUGCUUCCACAGUAGCUUUUCUUAUAGAUCAUUGUACUGCAUCAGUUGUGAUUGUAGAUCAAGAGUUCUUUUUAUUAGCAGAAGAAGCUUUGAAAAUAUGUUCUAAGAAAACAAACACAUUCAAGCCUCCAAUUUUAAUUGUGAUUGGUGAUGAAAACUGCGACCCUAACGCACAUAGAUAUGCGUUGAGCAAAGGAGCUAUCAAUUACGAGGACUUUCUUCAAAGUGGUGACCCUGAGUACGAUUGGAAACCUCCAGAGGAUGAAUGGCAGAGCAUUGCAUUAGGUUACACAUCUGGAACGACUUCUAGUCCGAAAGGUGUUGUAUUACAUCACCGUGGGGCGUAUCUCAUGUCUCUUAGUGCAGCACUUAUGUGGGGAAUGAAUGAAGGAGCUGUUUUUCUUUGGACUCUACCCAUGUUUCAUUGCAAUGGUUGGUGCUACAUUUGGACACUUGCAGCUCUCUUUGGCACAAGCAUAUGCCUUCGCCAGGUAUCAGCUAAGGCAGUAUAUGAAGCCAUUGACAAGUACAAAGUGACUCAUUUUUGUGCAGCACCAGUUGUGCUUAACUCCAUAAUGAAUGCCCCGGCUGAGGACACAAUACUUCCUCUACCUCAUAUUGUGCAUGUGAAUACAGGUGGUGCUCCUCCUCCACCUUCUCUUCUUUCCGGCAUGUCCCAACUUGGAUUUCGCAUUACACACCAAUACGGCCUUUCAGAAACUUUUGGUCCGUCCGUCUAUUGUGCUUGGAAACCGGAGUGGGACUCACUUCCGCCAGAAUCCAAAGCUCGGCUCCACGCAAGACAAGGUGUUCGAUACAUCGGCUUGGAACACCUCGAAGUUGUGAACACAAAAACAAUGCAACCUGUUCCAUCUGAUGGUAAGACCAUCGGCGAAAUUGUGAUGCGUGGUAAUGUCGUGAUGAAAGGAUACUUAAAGAAUCCUAAAGCUAAUGAAGAGACAUUUGCAAAUGGAUGGUUUCAUUCCGGUGAUCUUGCUGUGAAGCAUGAAGAUGGAUAUAUAGAAAUCAAAGAUAGAUCAAAAGAUAUUAUUAUCUCAGGUGGUGAAAAUAUUAGCAGUGUAGAAAUAGAGAGUACUUUGUACUCACAUCAUGCAAUAUUGGAAGCAUCAGUGGUUGCAAGGCCAGAUGAGAAAUGGGGUGAGUCUCCAUGUGCAUUUGUGACAUUAAAGCCAAGAGUGGAUAGUAGUAAUGAAAAGUGUUUAGUUGAGGAUAUAUUGAGUUUUUGUAAGGCUAAGAUGUCUUCUUAUAUGGUCCCAAAAUCAGUUGUGUUUGGACCAUUACCUAAGACAGCUACUGGGAAGAUACAGAAGAAUCUGUUGAGGGCUAAGGCAAAGGAGAUGGGGUCUGCCAAGAUGAGCAAGUUGUAAUCAUUAGUCAUAUUAGAGUGACAAAUUUUUAGUUGAAGCAAUUCUUGUGUG